UUUUAUUAAUAAUUAUACAAAACUUCAAAUAUAAUUUAUCUUUAUAGUAUAUCAGUUGUGGAAUAUUUAAAAUUUUAGGGUUUUUGUAUUUAGACCCAACAUUCUGGCAUUCAAAACCUUUCACAGUAUUAAUGACGAGCAAGGACGACACCCGUACCAGCAAAACUCUGUCUUGGAUAUUGAGACACGGAGCUCUUAAAGAAGGACUAAAUAUAACAAGUGACGGUUUUGUAAAGAUUGAAGAUAUUUUGUCCAGGCCCAAAUGGAAAAAUCAGUUCACUUUGGACGAUAUUAAACGAGUAACAGACAAUAAUUCUAAAAAGCGAUUUACAAUCAAAUCUGAACACGGUGUUCUUUACAUUAAAGCAAAUCAAGGCCAUACUAUAGAACAAGUUGACAAUUUGAGUUUAAGACCAAUUACAAAAACAUGUGGUUUCAAUAUCAUCCAUGGCACAUUCUUUACAGCCUGGAAUAUAAUUAAGACUGAUGGUAUAAGCCGUAUGAAAAGAAAUCACAUACAUUUUGCCAAAGGAUUACCUACAGAUGCUGACAUAAUAAGUGGGGUUAGAUCCAAUGCACAAGUUUUUAUUUACAUUGACUUAAAUAAAGCAUUGGCUGAUAAUAUACAGUUUUAUGAGUCAGAAAAUGGUGUUGUAUUGUCACCUGGUGACACAGCUGGGUAUUUAAAACCAAAAUAUUUUUUAAAAGUUGUGACAUCAAGUGGCACUCUACUGCAAAGCCAUGGAAGAGCAACCCAAUAG